ACUUGAAUGGAGUUGUGCCCGUUUAAUGCGAAUAAAAUUUAGACUCACCAGUUUUGUGUGGACAACCGUUAAGGAAGGAUACCAGAAGACGGUUGAAGUACUCAACUUGGGCUUCCUCCUCGUAUUUCAGCUCACAUUUACCCACUCAAAUUGUGAUUUCUGCAAAUAAAAAGAAAAUGAGAGUGACGUGUUAAUUUUUUUUUAGAGAGUGAAAAUAAAUUUUAUUUGUGUUUAUGUGGAUUUGUUAAAUUUUUUGAAAAAUAGUCGUAUUUAUUGAUCUUAUUAGUCAAAGUUCAGUGCAUCAGUGACGCUCAAGCAAGGCGCGCAAAAAGAACCCUUCUUUGAGCUCUUCACGAGAGCCACGUGCACAAAAAAAUAUUCAAGGACACAGAUUUGGCUAAAAUAUCGCUAAAUUGUGUUUAGUGCGUGUCCAAUUAGGUCAGCUACAUUCAUCAAAUGGAUAGCAAAGCAUCGCGGAAAGCAUCAUCUCAGAGCAAUGAGGACACAGAGAGCAACAAAAAUGUGUCCGGCGGGGAUGAAGUUGCCCUCAAAGCCAAAAUGAGUCUGCUCAAUGGAAUAACUGUGAUUGUGGGCUCGAUCAUUGGAUCGGGCAUUUUUGUGUCUCCCACAGGAGUACUCAAGUACACUGGUAGUGUCAACAUGGCACUCAUUGUCUGGACUAUCUCCGGUGUAUUUUCCAUGGUUGGCGCAUAUUGCUAUGCUGAACUCGGGACAAUGAUCACAAAAUCAGGAGCAGACUAUGCGUACAUUAUGGAAACAUUUGGACCCUUCAUGGCCUUUAUAAGGCUUUGGAUUGAGUGUAUGAUAGUUCGUCCAUGUUCCCAGGCAAUCGUGGCUCUCACUUUCAGUGUGUACGUCAUGAAACCCUUCUUCCCGGAUUGUGAGCCCCCCGAAGAAUCCGCACGCAUGCUUGCAGUGUGCUGCAUUUUUGUCUUAACUUUUGUAAACUGUUGGGAUGUAAAAUGGGCAACGAAAGUUCAAGAUGUGUUCACCUUUGCCAAACUUCUUGCUCUAUUCAUCAUUAUUUUUGUUGGGGCUUAUUUGUUGUUUACAGGACAUGUUGAAUAUUUUACAUUUGAUAACACCAAAGGUGAUGUGCCGUCUAUAGCUUUAUCAUUUUAUUCUGGUCUAUUUGCGUACAACGGUUGGAAUUAUUUGAACUUUAUCAUUGAGGAACUGAAAGAUCCAAUCAGGAAUCUCCCACGUGCCAUUGCAAUCUCAUGCACACUCGUCACAGUUGUCUAUGUACUGGCUAAUGCUUCCUUCUACACUAUCCUGUCGCCGGAGGAGGUUUUGGGCUCACAAGCUGUUGCUGUGACAUUUGCUGAUAGAAUUUUUGGAAGUAUGGCCUGGACAAUCCCAGUUUUUGUGGCACUAUCUACUUUUGGGGCAGUUAAUGGUAUCCUUUUGACGUCAUCGAGGCUUUUCUACGCGGGAGCUUGUGAAGGACAAAUGCCUGAAAUACUCACAAUGAUUCAAAUUCACCGAAUGACCCCAACACCAGCUGUCCUAAUAAUGGCCCUUCUAUCCAUGCUGUACCUAAUGUCCUCAGAUAUAUUCGCUCUCAUCAACUACGUCGGAUUUGCUACAUGGCUAAGUAUAGGAGUUUCCGUACUUUGCUUGCCUUGGCUCCGAUGGGCUCAACCAAAUCUUCCAAGACCAAUUAAAGUAAAUCUGAUCUUCCCAAUUGUCUACCUUCUGGCUACAGUGUUUGUAACUGUUGUCCCCAUGUAUGCGAGUCCAGUUGAAACUGGCUAUGGUGUCCUUAUGAUCUCAUCAGGUGUUCCUGUCUAUUUAAUCUUCAUCUCGUGGAAGAACAAACCAAAGUGGUUCCGAAAACUAAUGGGAGCGCUUACAAUAAUUCUCCAGAAAACUAUGGUUGUAUCAAGGCCAAAGUCAAGUUUAAAGUGAGUAUUACUGGAAUGUUGCAGAAAAUCUUGCUGGUCGUGGGUAAAACGAAGCCAACAAAAAUUUAAUUGCCAAACGAAACUCAGACGAUAGCUUUUAGUUUUUACUUUUUAAAUUGACUUUUUAAUGAUUUUUAAGUGAUAUUAACUAUAUAUACAUUUCCAAAUAAACAUUCCCACGAGAAUAACUCGAAA